GGACUUGGUUGCGCAAUUACCUGUAGCCUUAAGUCACUCGACUGAAGUCGGUCCCCGGCAGAGUGGGGGGUGCGCUCUGCCCGGACAGUGGGCAGCGAGUACCUCUACCUGAGGAGCCACAGCCUGUGGGAUGGGCUGCUGUUGGCCGCUCUGAGCGGCACCUGGACACCGAGUGGCCGAAGCCCUCCCUCCUCUGCCGCUGUGGGGUUAAAAGUGGAAGAGGAGGAGAAGUUUGGAUGGAUUCCAGGCCAUUCAGUCUUUACCACUGAACUGAGUACUACAUUAUACCAUUUUAAAGACUGCAUACGGUAUAUUAUCACAGCGAUGGACAACAAAGAUGUGUCAGAGCCACAUUUUCCAUCAUGUCAGUCAAAACUGCUGCACCAUCCUGAACAACUACAGAUUCUACCUCAGACUUCCCUUGGGGAUCAACUCAGAUUGGAAGAAUGCAAGAUUCGAGUGGUGAAAGCAGUAUCAAAGCAUAUUAAACCAGUGUCCUUGUGGACAGAGGAAGAAGUGUGCGAGUGGAUAAGAAAUCAGUAUCCAAGGCAUUACCCUUUGUUUGUUGAAGCAGUUUCCAAACAUGCAAUCUCAGGGCGGGUUUUGUUGAGACUCACUGCUGGAAAAUUGAAACGAAUCGGUAUUCAUGAAGAGAGUCAAUGUGAAGCUUUGCUUCAGGAAAUACUACAAUUGCGUAUACAAGAUGAUGUGGGGAGUCUUACUGCCAUCUUCGCAGAUGAUGAUGAAAGUGAUCUGUAGACGUCUCCCUUCGCACAUUAUCAUUACCUGAACAGCUGCAGUGGCGUGACUUCUCCCACAAAUGAAUAAUCGAUGGCAGAAGUCUGUUUUAGUAUUUAUGCAAGAGCGACGCAACAGCUCAAUCUCAAAACAUUCUCUCAAUAAUUAAUAAGUGCAACCUUAAUCAUUUCAGAAAUCUUGGUUCUAAGAUUUCCAUUAAUGUCAUAGUCAUUUUCAGCACUAGGGGAAGCCAUUUGAGCACAUUGAGUCCCUGCCUUUGCUACCUAAAUCAUCACCUUUUUUGUUAUUAAUCUAAUUUUCUUGCUCUUUUCCUUCUAUAAACUAACUGUGAUACUUGGAAUACUGGUCAGUGUAAUGCAAUACAAUUUCUAAGUGUUUUUGAAAUGAACACAUUUAUUCCAAGAACCAAUUUGUUCCAUACUUACUAUGUAGCCAAUAUCUCUUAUUCACAAUUAGAAUUUAAAUAUCUUUUUUGUCUCUUUCAGCACUCUUGCACUGCAAGUAAUGAAUGCUUAUUGUAUGAUUUUAGUCUACCCUUUUUGAGUAUUUCAUACAGAAACAUACAAGGUCCUAAUUCACCAACAUAGAAACAAUCAGUACAAAAGAAGAUAUUCCCGUCAUCAUCAGCAUUGCUCUUUAAAAGAGCAAUCCAUCUAGUGCCAUUUACCUGUCUUUAGCACAGAUACCUUACAGAUUACUUCUUUUUGAUAUCUAUUUAGUUCCCUCUUGAAACCUAAUAUAUAUUUUGCUUCACUACUGCACCCCACAUCUUAACAAUUCUUUGUGUAAAAUAAAUCCUCAUAAUUUCCCCUUUUCAAAUUAUCUUAAAUUGAUGCCCUCCAGUCACCGACUCACUGAGCAUAGGAAAUAAUUUCUCCCAAAUGCCUCUAUCAAAACCCUUCAUAAUGGUAAAGACCCGCUAUCAUCUCCCCUCAGUCUUCUCUAUUCCAGAGAAAAUAGACCCAUUUCCUCUAGUCUCUAAUUAUAGGUCAAACCACUUCUCCCUAGUUGAUCUGAUUUGAUCUUCUCUACACUCUCUCUAUCCGUUACUAAAGUAUUUGCUGGUGACCCAAACAAAAUGGUAGGUUCUCAACACUAACUUGAAUACAUGUUGUAAUCCAAUCCUGUUUAAGGCUUUGCUUGAUCAUUAAGGUGUGUUUUAAAAAGCAACCUCACCCAUACCCUUUAAGGUGCUGUGUAUAAAACCCAAAGAUUGGUAAAUGGAAAAUGUCCUGUAUUGCAUGCUGUAAUUCCACAAAAGCAGUCUAAAUAAAAUACCCUUUUCAAUGAUA